CCCAGAAAUUGCAGGGAGGUAUUCGGGUUACUUUUUGGAAAGCCUGUUGAGGUUGUCUUUUGUCCAUUUAGCUUUGAAAAAGUCUAAUUCUUUGGUUUUGUUGUUGUUGUUGUUGUUGUUGUUGUUUUAGUUCAGCAGAAAAUUGCUGUUUUAGAGGUAGGAGAUCAAAUAUGACUUUAUUUGGACUGUCAUUUUUUGUUCUGGCUCUGUCUUAUUUCUUCACUGCUGAUAGCCGGCCAACGGGUGGCCACCUGCGCAACAUGGAGAGCUUCAUCCGAGCUGUGCAGCAAGUGGAAGACUUCAACCCUGAUCUGUCCCCCCUCGCUCUGGCCCGAGCCUUGCGAAGGACCGCUGGCCACGACGAUGUAAUGACAGUUCACUUCUUGGGUGCUUCGUAUAACCUCACGGACGCUGAGCUCCUAGAGACAGCUAUUCUCAACGCCUCAUCCUUCAGUUUUUUUGAUAAGGCCAUGCACCACAUUGUGACAGACUAUGGAGAGGAAAGAGGGGUGGUUCUUGCUCCAGAUGGCACCACAGUAGCUCUUGCACCGUUACUGCUAGGAAUUGAAGCCGGACUGGCAGCCAAGAUGGAGGGGACACCAGCUGUUGGGAUCUUCCCUCUCACCUUAGGUAGGACUCUGGGCUUGUCCUUCCUCAGUCUCCAGGACAUCCCGCCAUCUAAGCGCCUGGGGCCUAACGGGUGCUGGGACAGCGUGGACCAGCCUAAGUUGUUCAAGCUGUCUCGGCCUGCCACACUGGCAACUGACGCAGUUAUUAAUGGUGGCAUGGAUGGACUCAUACUGGGCACGGACCUCAGCAACCUAACUGCAUCUGAACAGCCGCAGGCCCUCAGUGAGGUUUUGAAAGGAUACUACAGUUUCACUCUGCAUGAGGGACGGGGUCUUGAUGAUAUAACCAGCCAUGUUAGCCCAAGGCGAAGGGAGAUCUCUAGAGCUAUUCUGGAGCCACUCGAUCUACACAGCCAGGUGAUGGAGACAUUGGCAUUAGUCUGGAAGUUGGAGAAGACAGAUUGGAUAGCUCAGGACACUGGAGUGGGGAAGGCUGUGAAGGAUGGAUUACAAGCAUUUGUGCAAAACUACUGGGACUGCCCUCAAAUCAUCCCUCGCUGUCAGUGGGGGGCUAAAGCCUACCAGAGUACACCUAUCCCGAUGUCUCUGCCCGUCCAGUUCCUCUAUGUUCACCACACCUAUGAGCCGUCCUUGCCCUGUUUAUCCUUUCCGAGCUGCUCUCGUGACAUGAGAGCCAUGCAGCGUUUCCAUCAGGAAGAUCGUAAUUGGACUGACAUAGGAUACAGCUUUGUGGUCGGCUCUGACGGCUAUGUCUAUGAGGGCCGAGGUUGGUACUAUCUCGGCACACACACCAAGGGGCACAAUGCCAUGGGGUACGGUGUGUCCAUCAUUGGCAACUACACUGACACCCUGCCGUCCCGCCAUGCCAUGGACCUGCUGCGCCAUCGUCUGGUCCGAUGUGCAGUAGAUGGAGGAGGACUGGCUGCUGACUUCACUAUCCACGGCCACAGACAGGUGGUGAACUACACCGCCUGCCCUGGAGACGCCUUCUUUUCAGAAAUAAGAAGCUGGGAACACUUCAAGGAAUUGGAUUCUGCAGAAACAGAAGAAUAAAGGAAACUGGUCAACUAUAAUAAAUGUUUGUUUCUAAAACCUG